CUCAGUUUGAACUUCGGAUGUGGUUGCUGGUUGCUCCGUAGCUUUUGUGCAUGCUAGCGGCAUAACGCCGACCCAGAUAAGUACAAGUGCAUGAUUUCUGACAUGUGCUUCAAGAAAAUCUACAACUUAAAGAGGCACCUAAAGGAGGUUCACGGGGACGCUGACACGAGCUGGAUCACACUGUCCGCUGCCGCCUUGCAUGCGAUCUGUGUCCAACAGCUUGCUGCGCCACUUUGAAGCGAAACACGGGAUCGUCGCGAGGCGUGACAAGUUAAAGUUCAAUUUGUUGAAAGAAUUCAGUGACUGGAGGGGGGCUAAGGAUGGCAGAGAGCACAUUCGCUUCAUUCUCCACGACGGACCCAAGGGACGAGAUGAGGGUGUCCUGAAAAGGUAUUACUACUGCCACCGCUCUGGAUCAUUUCAGAGCAAGAGGUAAAUGAAAACUGAGAACCCAGGGCACUUGUAAGACUAAUGUGCAAUGCUUAGCCACAAUUCAAGCUACAGAGAAAGAUGGCAAGGUGACAGUAGAGUACCAGGCAGAACACUACGGCCACCCGAAGGAACUGAAGCACCAGCGCCUCUUUACGACUGAGGAGGAGGCUUUAGCUGAUAAACUAAAGCAAGGCAUCCCCGCCCUUAAAGAUCUGGUAGACGCACAUUCUUCUGCUGGCAGUGAGAUGGGCAGGCUACAUUUACUCUCAAUAAAAGACAUUGGCAACAUCUCCGUCAAGCAUGAAAUUCUGACGAAAGACCUACGGCACUGAACAAAGUCAGAUUCUUCAGUCCUGUACUGACAUGGAGGAAGGAAAACAAAAAGAGAGCUUUGAGCUUGCCCUGAUGACUGUUCCUUUAGAAAGAACGUCUCACAAAGCUUGGCCCCAAGUUUCUGUGCAUUGACUACACUCAUAAUAUAAAUGGCCACAUUCUGCAACUGAACACUCAUGACAGCUGCAGAAGAUCAGUCAGGCAUGCCAUGCACAUAUUUGAUCUCAAAGUAACUAGGCACCAAGGCUAUGAAACACUCCUUAAGGCCAUAAAGGUAAUGCAUGGGAGGAAGUGAUGGGCUGUGCCCAACAUUGGAUGCUCUGCUCGUGGCAUGUAAGCCACAACUGGGCUCUGAAGUUGCAGUCAGUCCAAGAUAUAAGCAAAACCGUGACCGUCUUUGCGACGAGUUGUGGGCGCUGAGAAAUUGCAAAGAUGAGGGUCAAUUCCAACGAGCUCCGACAGGCUUCCCGUGUCAGAAACUAAGUGAAGAGACUGAUCCAAAACUAAUUCAACAAGUACACGAGUUUCUUCAGUACUUCGGGCACUACCACGGUGGCAGAGCCUAACAGUGGGUGCUCUGCUUCAGAAAGGGCAUUCCUUUUAAUACUACGAACCUUUUGGAGGCAAUGUACAAGGACCUGAAGUCACGCUACAUGCAUGGAACUCACAACCAGAGGCUCGACAAGCUGUUGAUGAUCCUCUUCGAACUGAGCCGUGACCGGCUCUACAAGCGUCCCAAGUCGCUCGUAAAAGGAAAAACGAAUCGGCAUGAUGCAGCCCUUUUUCGGAGGCACCAGGAGGGGAUGAAAAUUCCAGCAUCAGAUGUAGAACAGCUGCAAAAUGGCAAUGGCUGGCUUGUAAAGUCUCAGUCCCAGACAGAGAGAAGCUACCAUGUUGAGAAGGGCGACCCCCACCAGAGUUGCGUGCUUCGUUGCAGGGACUGUGACAUCUUAAUCAACAGUUACAAGUGCACUUGCAAUGACAGCCUGAUUUCAUCAUCGAUGUGCAAGCAUAUUCACGCAGUAGCUUACCUGGGGCUUCAUGGGACGACCGUGGAGGAGGCCGACACUGAGCCAGGUGUAGAAAUGCCAUCAACAACACGUGAAGCAACAGGCUUUACGUUAGAUGAUGAGCCACAGUCCCUCUUGGAUGACAUUCGGCAGGGUAUUGAGGUAGGGAUGGAGAAGACUCAACCAAGUUCAGAGGUCAACAUAUGUUUAACAAUAAGUGGACUGAACAAGUCCCUCUCCAGGAAGAAAUUGACAAGCUCCCCGGUGUUGAAAUACCGUACCAAGGCCCAGGAAGUACUUGACUCUGUUCCAGAUGAGACUUCUCCAAAACCUAGGGUAAUCCCUCAGAACAAAAAGAUGAAAAAACAACCACGGUACUUUCCCCCCAAAAAAACGCCCUGGUUCUGGUCCCAUGCAUGGCAAACCUCCAACCAGCUUGGAGCAGCAGCACAUCAUGUAGGGCCUUGUAGCCAGGCGAGUUCCUACGGAAGGAGCAGCAUCCGCUCAGCUCCAUGUGAAUGUUCCGAGCAUGUCUUUGCUGGCCCUCAAGGAGUAUGA